AGAUUGUCUGUUAAGAAAAAAAAAACAUAAACAACACACCAGUUCGUCGGUGAUUGCGACGGUUAUUUUCCCCGGAAUUGCCGCAGGAUGCCAAGCUGUUGUAUGAGGAAGCGCAUCAGCUCAUCCCAAUCGCUUCUGGAAAUCGGAAUUAAGUGGAUCAGUAUGAGCGACGAUUCAAAGUUGGCGACCUUCCCCACUUUGAAGGUGGAUACCGUUCUAUGGGAACGGUUCCACAUUUUCAUUUAUAUUCAGCUUACAUCUAAACAGACAACACUGAAUAAACAAAUAGCCGCCACUAUAAAAGGUUCGAAGCAUCAUCUCUCCAUCCUCGGUUGCGCCCCACGCUCGUCAAAUCGAUUUACACUUGGUUCGCCCACCAAGCUCGCUGUGCUCCAUGCCUUUUUGUACCUGCCGGGUCGGAAGCGAAAACCAUGUUUACAGUGUUGCUGUCCGGCAUCUUUGCAACUGCCCUGCCCAUCGUACCCUUCCAGCUUUAGCACCGUUCCUCUGCACACCGCCAAAGAUGGUCCUAAGCACGUCCUCUUUCCCAGCAACGCCUAUCUCUACCUCCCCGUGGUGCUGGUCGGGGUACGAGCAAUCUCAAGGAGCAUCGGGUAACCAACCCCGGUGGGAACUAUGGUUGUACGGUGGCAGGGAACGUGGAAGGGAGUUUGCUCCUCUCUUGGGUGCAAAUCUGAACGAGCGUCUGUUCUCCAUGUUAGAAGCGGCUCACAACAGCAUCUGUUCCCCAGGGGCAGCUGAUCGUCGUCCGAGUGCCAGCGAGGGACUGUAUACAAAAUUUCGCAGAAUAGUUCACCGGAAAGUUAGGUGGAAUGGCCCUCAGAAACUUGGG